CCGCACAAUUCCCUAAAUCCCCAAAUUCCCCGAACCCUAGAUUCCCGAAUCAAAUGGGACGAUCCGUAAUCUUCCUUCUCCUUUUCGCUCCCUUAAUCAGCUCCAUCGUCUCCGCCGACCCAGACUCCGGCGGCGGCGCUCUUCAGCUCUACAGCUCUCUCCUCCCUCCUGCACUUGGGAAUAAUGGAGCGCUGCUGGUCACAUUGGACGGGAAGGUCGUCUCUGUGAACCCCAAGACGAUGGAGAUCGAGUGGGCCUUGUCGUCCGGCCCAAGAAUUCAUUCUUCGUAUCAGAAUGUUUCCUUCUUCAACAACUGCAGGAGCGAUGAUCACUUUUUCGUUGACGUUGGUGAAGACUGGGCUCUCUAUAGGCACAGCAACAGCGACGGGAGAAAGAAACUGUCGUCCAGUGUUAGAGAAUAUGUGGCUAGUACUCCUGUAGUUUCGGAGGAUGGAGGGGUCACGUUGGGGUCGAAGAAGACCACUGUGUUUGCUGUUAAUGCUGUGACCGGAGAAGUGAUUCGUAGUUUUAAAUUGGGUGAUAGAAUUGGUUCGGAUGGCUUGGGUGUGGAGCGCGGUGGUGCCGAGGGGUUGGAAACGUCUGGACUGGUGCUUUAUCUUGAGAGAACGGAUUACACGCUGCAGCAUUGUACAGUGGAGGGGGAUCUUUUGUGGAAAUUGGAAACUGCAGAGUUUGAUGCUCAAUUUCGAUAUCCUAAGAUUGGAAAUGGGCUUGGUUUAGAGGACAGGCUCAUUGCUAAUUCGACAGUGCCUUAUCUCAAGGAGAAGCCUGUGGUCAUUAGGGUUCCGUAUCCUAGCUCGGUAAACUCUCGUUCUGUAAUUGACGGCCUAACUGAUGGGUAUUAUGGAGGCAAACCUCUCCCACUGGAAGGUCCUCAUGACAAUCAUCUGGCUCUUCCUCUUCUCAAUAACGAAGGCAGAGAAAUGCUUGCUUUGCCGUCUCAUGAGCUUGUGGACUCUAGGAUCUUGGCUCUCCCCGGUAGAGAGGUCGGUAAAAGCUCAGUGGCUGAAUCUAUUACUCACUUCCCCAUACAAUCUCUUUUUGUACUUCUUCUCACCAUAUUAUCCAUUCUGGGAUAUGUCUUCCGCUCUCUGACUGGAAAACAACGUAAACCCAAAGUGGUGGCUGAGGAACCUAAAGUGCAAGCUGGGGCUCCCAAAAAGAAGAAGACUCGAAGAUUGGGAAAUAAUAAGAAGAAUAACAGUUAUGAGAGAGAUGCAAGAAAUAUGUCAUAUGAAUUUAAGUAUGGUGAAUCUCAUGGACCUGCACAUGGGGAAUUAAAUGAAACAAAAAUGCUAUUGACCUCAUCAACAGAGGGACGCAGAAUUGGCAAGUUACUUGUUUCCAGUAAUGAAAUUGCUAAAGGGAGUAACGGUACUGUUGUACUUGAGGGAAUUUAUGAUGGUCGUCCUGUAGCUGUCAAACGCCUCGUACGAACUCAUCAUGAUGUAGCUUUGAAAGAGAUUCAGAAUCUUAUUGCGUCUGAUCAACAUCCAAAUAUUGUUCGCUGGUAUGGCGUAGAGCAUGAUCAAGAUUUUGUCUAUCUGUCCUUGGAGCGCUGCUCAUGUAGCUUAAAUGACCUGAUUUAUUAUCACUCGGAGUCCUUUCAAGGCCAAAUCAUCAACAAGGAUGAGGAUCCUCACUUUUUGGCCGAGUAUCACAUUCAAUUGCAGGCAAUCAUGGGUAAGAACAAGAAUGUUGAAUUAUGGAAGACAAAUGGUUACCCUUCACCUCAGAUGCUAGAACUAAUGAGAGAUCUUGUUUCUGGACUUGCCCAUUUGCAUGAACUUGGAAUUAUACACCGAGAUCUAAAGCCUCAGAAUGUUUUGAUUAUCAAAGGCAAGUCGUUACACGCUAAGCUUUCAGAUAUGGGUAUCAGCAAACGCCUUCAAGGGGACAAAUCGUCCAUUACCCUGCAUGCUACUGGUUAUGGGAGUUCAGGUUGGCAAGCACCUGAACAACUUCUUCAUCAGCGCCAAACACGUGCAGUUGAUUUAUUUAGUUUAGGUUGUCUCCUUUUUUUCUGUCUGACUGGAGGUAAACACCCUUACGGGGAUAGUAUCGAGCGUGAUGUGAAUAUAGUGAAUGAUCGGAAAGACCUAUUCUUGGUAGAGAAUAUACCAGAAGCAGUGGAUCUCUUUACUCGUCUAUUGGAUCCCAACCCUGACAUGAGACCAACAGCUGUGGACGUGUUGCAUCAUCCCCUUUUCUGGAAUUCUGAGACAAGACUUUCAUUUCUGCGCGAUGCUAGUGAUCGGGUUGAAUUGGAGGAUAGGGAGACUGGAUCCCAACUCUUUAGUUCAUUAGAAAGUACUGCAGCAGUUGCUCUAAAUGGGAAGUGGGAUGAAAAGAUGGAACCUGCGUUCCUCAAUAACAUUGGUCGCUACAGGCGGUACAAGUUUGACAGCAUCCGUGACUUGCUGCGUGUAAUUAGGAACAAGUUAAAUCACUACAGAGAACUCCCCCAAGAGAUCCAGGAAUUAUUGGGGACAGUUCCUGAGGGCUUCGACAAUUAUUUUUCAAGUCGAUUUCCUAAAUUACUAAUCGAGGUGUAUAAAGUGUUGUACAAGUACUGCAAAGAGGAGGAUUUUUUGCGUAAAUAUAUCAAAGGUAAUCCGGUCUAAGUUGCCACCUCACUGUAUAAGCUUCAUCUCUAUGACUCAAGUUACUUUUGUAAUUGAGAAUGUAUUGUACUUGCUAGUGUAACAGUAUAUUAAAAAAAAAAGCCUACUUGU